AUGUUGUCCGCUACAGAAAAUAACCGGUCCUUUGUCCUCCAUUCCGUCCAGAACGUCUCAUUCGAAGACCGCCCAGUUCCGCCGCUUCGCAACGACCACGAAGUUCGCGUCCACGUCGCCCAAACCGGAAUUUGUGGCUCUGACGUGCACUAUUGGCAGCGUGGUAGAAUUGGAGACUUCGUUCUAAAGUCUCCCAUUGUACUGGGUCACGAAUCUGCUGGCACCGUCGUCGAGAUCGGAGACGCAGUCCACAACCUAAAAGUCGGCGAUAGAGUCGCUAUCGAACCUGGGACACCAUGCAGAUACUGUGAUUACUGCCGGAGUGGCGCGUAUAAUCUCUGCGCGGAUACGAUCUUUGCUGCAACGCCACCAUGGGAUGGCACGCUGAGCAAGUACUAUUCUGUUGCGAGUGAUUACUGCUAUAAACUGCCUGAUCACAUGACUUUCGAGGAAGGAGCUAUGGUAGAGCCAACGGCUGUGGCGGUACAAGUCACGAAAGUUGCGGAUGUGAAGGCAGGACAGACGGUCGUAGUAUUUGGCUCGGGACCUAUCGGCGUUCUUUGCCAGGCUGUUUGCAAGGCAUACGGCGCGAGCAAAGUGAUUGGCGUUGAUAUCUCCGACUCUAGGUUGGAGUUUGCGAAAACUUAUGGGGCUGAUGGAGUUUUCAAGCCUAGCAAGCCAGCAGAUGGUGCCGACCCAGUUGCGUCGAGCGAGGCCACGGCUCAGGAGAUCAAGAAGCAGUUUGGACUUGGAGAAGGGGCGGAUGUGGUCCUGGAGUGCACUGGCGCCGAACCAUGUAUCCAAGCUGGCGUGUUUGUGGCGAAGAAGGGGGGAACUUAUGUGCAGACUGGAAUGGGAAAAGAGAAUGUUGUAUUCCCGAUCACCACGGCGUGCAUUCGUGCUUUGAACAUAAAGGGUUCAAUUCGAUACACAGCGGGAUGCUAUCCUCAAGCAGUUGAUCUCAUCGCUUCCGGCAAGAUCGAUGUCAAAAGGCUCAUUACCAACAGGUUCACCUUUGAAGACGCCGAGAAGGCUUUCGAACUCGUGAAGCAGGGAAAGGAGAGUGUAAUCAAAGUGAUCAUUGAAGGUGUAAAGUAG